UCCUACGGCAAGCCGGAGGUAGCAAGAUGGCCGCCGCUGAGGAGGCUUGUGGUGCUGGGGCCGACGCGGACCGGGAAUUGGAAGAGCUUCUGGAAAGUGCUCUUGAUGAUUUCGAUAAGGCCAAACCCUCCCCAGCACCCCCUCCUACCACCACGGCCCCUGAUGCUUCGGGGCCCCAGAAGAGAUCGCCAGGAGACACUGCCAAAGAUGCCCUCUUCGCCUCCCAAGAGAAGUUUUUCCAAGAACUGUUCGACAGCGAGCUGGCUUCCCAAGCCACUGCAGAAUUCGAGAAGGCCAUGAAGGAGUUGGCUGAGGAAGAGCCCCAUCUGGUGGAGCAGUUCCAAAAGCUCUCAGAGGCUGCCGGGAGAGUGGGCAGUGAUGCAACCUCCCAACAAGAAUUUACAUCUUGCCUGAAGGAGACACUAAGUGGACUCGCCAAAAAUGCCACUGAUCUUCAGAACUCAGGCAUGUCAGAGGAGGAACUGACCAAGGCCAUGGAAGGGCUGGGCAUGGAAGAAGGCGAUGGGGAAGGGAACAUCCUCCCCAUCAUGCAGAGUAUCAUGCAGAACCUACUGUCCAAGGACGUGUUGUACCCAUCACUGAAGGAGAUUACAGAAAAGUAUCCAGAAUGGUUGCAGAGUCACCGGGGGUCUCUUCCUCCAGAGCAGUUUGAAAAAUAUCAGGAACAACAUAGUGUCAUGGGCAAGAUAUGUGAGCAGUUUGAGGCCGAGACCCCCACAGACAGCGAGGCCACUCAGAAGGCUCGUUUUGAGAUGGUGCUGGAUCUCAUGCAGCAGCUACAGGAUUUGGGCCAUCCUCCAAAAGAGCUGGCUGGGGAGAUGCCUCCUGGCCUCAACUUUGACCUGGAUGCCCUCAAUCUGUCAGGCCCACCAGGUGCCAAUGGUGAACAGUGUCUGAUCAUGUGAAACACAACACGCGUUCGGCCCUGAUUCCCAGCCAUGGGGAACAUCUGGAGUCAGCAGAACCACUGGGAGCCGAGGCAGGAGUGUCGUCUGCAAGAGCAGUCUGCCCACUGCCCUCUGUCAUCCCAGCUGAGAUUGUGCCAUACCAGCUGAGGCUUUUACUCUGUCUUUCUGGUAAUAAGGCCUAUUGUGCGGGCCGUUUCUGUGAACCCUAUCCAUUGUGGUUUCUGCUGCUAGCAAAGGCCCAGCUACCUACCAGGUGAAGGAAAGCAUCCCUUUGGGGGCAUGCCCUUCUUCCCCCUCCCAACUAAUGUUAUAUAUGGCCACACUGAUGUUCACUUUUACAUCCAGGGUCUUUGUGCCUUGUCUCUACUCCCUCUCUCGGACUGGGGAGCAGAGACAGAGUCCUGGGGCUCCGUAUUUCUCUAGUUCUUUUGGGAAGAGCCUUUGGAAAUGAAUGGGGAGAAAUUCAGCCUGGGCUGGGGCUCUCGGUCUGUCACCGUGUCCUCUUGCCUUCAGACAGACCGUUGGGAAUUCCGUGGAGGGAAAGGAAGUAGGGGCUUUUGCCUCUGAUCACAGUAGGGUUGAAAGAGAAGCCCUGGGAUUCUCCUCUCGCCAGGUGCUGAGCCUCCAGGUCCCUGGUGUAGUUUGAGAACUCAAGUCACCAGCUUGGGUCUUUGUAUGACGCUGUGUGAUCUGGGUGAACCCAGCCCUUGACCUUCCUGUGCCCCCUGCCUCUCCUCCUCUUCUCUCUUUUUAAAUACCUGUUUAUCCCAGCCCUUCUCUGCACCCAAGCUGUGACAUGGAAGGGCCAUCCACUACUCUGAUUGGCCUCCUCCCUGGAAAACAUACAUAAUUACAGUGUCAGGUCUAGGAAAUGAAAGACCGUUCUUCCCCAGAUGUGUUCUGGCUUAUUUGAGACCUCUGAUUUCUCUGAAUCCUGUCCCUUGAUUAAGCAGGUGACUUGGGAACGGGAGUGGGGUGCAGCUCGGGUCCUUUCUCUUGACUAAUAAAUAUUCUGAUUGAGGAGUGUGGCCUGUUUUUCGUUCAGGGCUUUCUCUGAUCUUCCUCGGCUUCUGUAAGCUGCAGCGUGAGGAAUGUUUGCAGACCAGUUCAUACCAUUGCAGUGCUGGUUCUACCACCGCCCCCUUCCCCAGCUGAGGCUGCCCCUCGGUUGGCCAAGGACGCUGGACGGCCAUCUUGCCUCAUUGCCUCUGGGUGUUCCAAUCUGGGAAGCCCUUCAGUUGGUGUUGUAUCCUAAGGUUUCACAUUUUUAUUAUUGUUAGCAAUAUAUUACUAACGUUUUUAAAAUUAUUUCUAUUAUCAUUGUUAUUUUGAGUUGAUCUUGCCCUUCUCUUUGGGAACCACUGCAUCUAUGGACCUUGGCUGCCAUGUGUUGGUGGAUACUCUGGUCAGACCAGCUGGCUCUCCUGUCUCAGCACUCAGAAGAUAAUGCACAGGGCAGGUGACACUCAGCCUCUGAGUCACUUUGCGCUCCGAACGUGCCACUUUCCAGGGGUUAAGCUUUCUUACCCUUAAGACGAUUCCACACAUUCUGUGGAUGGGGGAUUGAGCCUCAAGCUGUUUGGGAAGGUCUAGGUACUGGACCGCAUCAGAAUAUGAAAGCCCCAGUCUGAAUCUGACUCCUCUGUUGUGUAGGAGGUGGGAAAAGCGGAGGCAGACUCAUGAUGGUGGUCACAGGGCCUGAAUGGCCAAAAGUCUCUACCAGCUCCGUCCAAACACCGGACGAGGAUAGAGAGGAGGAGGGAAGGACAAAAAGACCCUGUCCCUGAACCAUGUACCUGCUGUACUGGCAGUUCUCUUUUACCGAUUUUCAGUCCUGCUGUCCUAGUCAGGGCUUACUCCAGGAAUCCAGACAGAUGCUCUAGUCCAGUUUAGUUUUGUUCCCAAGCCAUUUGUUUUCAUUUUGAUUGAACAUGAACAAACGGACCUCCAGCUCCUCUCUGUCCCGGAAGCGCUGUUGGAGUGGUUCUGGGCUCAUGGAAGACAGAGCGGUCCUUCUCAAACUGUCUGCUAAAGAGCCAGGGUUUUUGUUUUAUUUCGCCCAGUCCUUCGUACGCUCAGAUGUGUUCCCGUUGCCCGUGACAAGUGCAGUUCACACAGCGUGCCACCCACCACGCAGGCUUGGCCACACCCAAGCUGACCAGACCCCUUUGAGCAGGCUGAGUCCACUGAUCAUGCACCUGGACAUCACAGCAAUGUCAGAACGCUAAGACAUUUCUAGACACUCUGAACUUCUAACUCAUCAUGUUGCAGACGGGUACAAAACUGUUCACAGACCAGUACAAGUCUCUGAACCACCUUGGGUAGCACUGCUCUGGGGCCCUCCCCGGUCUCCACAGCUCCGUCGGCCACACUGGUAUGUGUCUGUACUUGUUCUCUCUCACGUGAGGGUUGCCUCCAGUCCACUUUUUCUUUGGCUAGGGUGUGUCGCUGUAAGGACCUCUAUAUUAUUUUUGGAGCCUUUUCUUCCGCUUAAAAAUAACCAUUAAGAAGUUCAGGUUUAAGCUGUAUGUGGAGUUUUUAUGCUGCUCUCAGACUUUAAAGGAGGUACCCCUUUGUUCCAAAAUUCUGUAUGUUAGAAAAUAAAUUUGUAGUUGUUUGGA